AUGAUAUCCGAAGACUAUAUCCAUGAAGCCCCUCGACCCCAGGGAGUUCCAUAUUGGCGUCUACUCACCGACCAAGGCGUUGUCACGCCCGAAAUAAUCGACCACCCCUACCACGGCUCCGGCACAGAUGAUGACCCUUACAUUGUGGAAUGGAUCCCUGAUGAUCCCCGUAACCCGAUGUUGCUUAACAAGUCCCUGAAAUGGGCUUACACUAUUACUGUUGCUUUCGCCACAUUCGGCGUCUCGCUUUCCUCCUCCGCGUAUGCAGGAAGCAUCCAGGAAAUCAUCAAAGACUUCGGCAUCAGCGAGGAAGUAGCGACGCUGGGCGUGUCACUGUUCGUCCUAGGGUUUGCAGUUGGCCCAUUAGUAUGGGCGCCUCUGAGUGAGCUGAUCGGUCGCCAGAUCCUGGACGUUGAUCAUUCUGCGCUUCUUCGCUGGCUCGUUCGGAUCCUCGCCACUAACAACGCCGGGGGUGUCAUCGCCGAUAUCUUCCCGGCAGAAGAACGAGGUCUAGCAACAAGCCUAUUCGCCGGCGCACCGUUCCUAGGUCCAACCCUAGGCCCCGUAAUCGGCGGCUUCCUCGGCGAAAACGCCGGCUGGCGCUGGGUACAAGGCUUCCUCGCAACCUUCACCGGCCUGAUCUGGAUCGUGGAAUCGCUCCUCGUCCCCGAAACCUACGCUCCGCUACUUCUCCGCAAGCGCGCUGCCCGCCUCACAGCGCUCACCGGCAAAGUACACCGGAGCAAACUCGAGCUUGAACGCGGCAAAGUAACCAUGACGAGCGCCUUUGGCACCGCCCUCCUCCGGCCCUGGAUCCUCCUCUUCGCCGAGCCCAUCGUUCUCCUCCUCUCAACCUACAUGGCCAUCAUCUACGGCACCCUGUACAUGCUCUUUGACGCCUUCCCCAUCGUCUUCCAACAGCUCCGCGGCUGGUCCGAGGGCGUCGGCUCGCUCCCCUUCCUCGGCGUCAUGAUCGGCAUGAUGCUCGCCGUCGCCCUAAACAUGCAUGACAACAACCGCUACGUCGCAAUCCACCAGAGCCCACCACGGCUUCGCGCCCCCGAGGCCGCCUCCCCCGACCAUGCUCGGCAGCCUCGCCAUCCCAUCGGCCUCUUCUGCAUCAUCGCUGCCGCCCCCUUCGGCUUCGGCAUGGUCCUCGUCUUCCUCAACAUCAUGUCCUACCUCAUCGACGCCUACACCAUCUACGCCGCCAGCGUGCUCGCCGCAAACUCCAUCAUCAGAUCCUGUUUCGGCGCUGGCUUCCCCCUCUUCACCACCUACAUGUAUCGCAAUCUGGGCGUCCAUUGGGCGUCCUGUAUCCCGGCCUUCUUGGCCCUGGCUUGUGUGCCUUUUCCGUUUGUUUUCUAUAGGUAUGGUGCGGUUAUACGCAGGAAGUGUAAAUAUGCUGCCGAGGCGGAUGACUUUAUGAGGCGGUUGGCGGAGAAGACAGUCUCUCCGGAGGAGGAGAAGGUUGUUGAUGAGGAGGUUCGGGAGGGGAGUGCGGGUGAGGGACAGAACUUGGAGAGGGUGGAGUCUGCGGGCAGGAGCUCGCUGUCGACUGUGCGUGACGGGACGCCGGGUUAUGAGGCUAAUCCGUACGACAUCGAUCGUGUUAAUACGAGGAAUUCGGCCAUCUCGAGACGGUCCAGGUCCAGGUCUGCUAAGGGGAGGAAGAGGGGGUUUUUGGGGCUUUGA